AUGGCCGAUGAGGACAAAGGGACUUCAUCUUCGUACAGGGUGCCAGUGUGGUCGGGAGAUCCCAGUGAAUGGAGGGGUUUCAAGAGAGAAAUGGAAUGGUGGAUAGCCUCACUAGACCAAGAGCAUAGCCGAAAAUACAACAUAGCAGCACGUUGGGCCCUUCGCCAAACAGGUGUUGUUCGUGCAAGAUGUGAGGAAUAUGAUCCAUCUGAGUUGGUUGGCACGGCCGAGGUGAUUGGCAAAGACCCUGAAUCGGGCGAAGAUGUGAUUCUCCAAGCUGCCGAUCCUUUCUCAGGACUCAGAAAGCUCAUGAGGUCUUUGGAGGAAAGCAUGGGAAAGACAGAACUUGAUAGAAAAGGAGAACUUAGGAAGCAGUUCUACCAGACCAUACGUAGAAGCCCUGGUGAAAGGAUCUCAGCCUUUUGUACGAGGUAUCGUACGCUCACUGGCGAAAUGCGGCGAGAGGGCAUUCAUUUGCCUGGUGCUGAGUUGGGGUGGUUCUUGAAGGACCGUCUUGGGCUUGAUGCGCUACGUCUUCAGCUUUUGGAGACGGCUUUGGGGGGCAGGGAGGAUUACGACCAUGUGGAAGGUGAAGUGCUCAGGCUUUUCAGAGAUUUGCAUGUUUCCGACCCUUUGCACAGAUCAAAGCCCCAAUCCUUUGACUCCCACAAGUCCUAUCCCUUGCAGCGGUUCCUUCAGCAAUCCAAUCAGCCAGCCAGCACUCGGUCCGGGCCUUCAUCAAACAGUGGUGCAUCAGUGAAGUCAUUUCGGACUUCGAGCAGCUAUCGUUUCAGUAAGCCUGGAUCAGUAAGCCUGGAUCCUCUGCUGGCAGACCCCGAGGAUGAUGCUGGUCAGGAAGAAGAGCUCCUUCCUGAUGAUGCGGCUGAGGGCGCAUUGCCCAGUUUGGAUGAGGUGCUUCAAGCCGAGGCUGAAGUUUUGGCAACAGAGAUCCAAGAACUUGAAGAAUGUGGUGAUGUCGACCCCUCCAUUUUGGAGAACCUGGAGGAAGGAGUGGAAAAGGCUGCUGAAAGCCUUGUGACUAUGCGGGAAGCACGAGCCCGCAUCAACGACAUCAGAAAGGAUCGUGGUUUCGGCCGACCUGGAGCUGGAAGCAAAAUGAAGAUCCAUGGCAAUCAAGUUCAGAAGAAAAAGACCUCAACUCAAUGUUGGGACUGCGGCGAAUUUGGACACUGGGGUGGUGACAGCCAGUGUCAGAAACCGGGUGCCGGAUUGUUCAAGCCGAAGCGCGCUGCCAAGAAACCUCCAUCACCGCAGAAACAUGUGAAGGUGAUGGAAAGCUUGAACACCGAGCACGUUGUGGACGAUGGCGAUGACUCCCACGAGGUGAUGAUGGUGCAUCAUGAUAGUGUUCCAUUUGUAGAAGCCUUGGUGUCCUCAAAGAAGGAGCAGCCAUCGGUCCCAGGUCUUGCAAAAGAUAAAGUGCUUGUGGGUGCAUUGGACUCUGCCUGCAAUCGCACUUGUGCUGGUGAUGUUUGGUUGCAGCACUACCUCCAGACCCUUCAGAAGUGUCCCCAACACAUCCAAUCCUUGCUGAUGACUGCUGAGGAGAAUGAGAUGUUUCGUUUUGGCAACGGGGGCACUCAGACAAGUCGGAUUCGAUACCGACUGCCGAUGAUGAUUGGUGACAAUUUGGUUUUGGUUUGGGUGAGUGUUGUGAAGGUGCCAAGCCUUGGACUUUUGCUUGGACGUGAUUUUUUGGAUGGCAUUGGCGCAGUGAUUUCUUUUACCAAGCAGAAGCUCCGUCCUGACUUCCUAGACGGCAAAUUGAUUGACCUGUCUCAGGUCGCUGCGGGGCACUUUGCUCUGAAGUUGAUGCCGCACACCUGGCCAAGGCUCGAUUUUGGUCGUUGGCGGCGGUGGGGUCAAGACGGCAUUUUGGAGCAGCAGAUGUCAUCUCAAGAGUUCGAGAUCUUCUCGCUUCUACUUCCCGAUCACCUUUGCGACCGACGGCGACAUCCUCUUCUACCAGAACUCACCAUGGAAUCAAAGAAGGUGAAGAGAAGCGCCACUGCUGUGGCCGAAAGGUGGGCCAGAAUGGUGAUGCGAGCUGCCGCAAGAGCCCGCUGGCACGCUUUGGGAUUGCUCUUAUGGCUUGUGCAGCGGCCUAUGCUCCGUUUCUUGCCAUUCCCAUAUCCUUCAACAGCAACUACGGAGCAGUGGCAGAAGCAGAUCAGCGACAUGAUGAAAGGUCGCAUUUGGCCCAUCAAACAUGGCAACUACGCUCUGGCCCAAAACUUAUGUACGGCUCAGAGUCUCCAAGAAUGCAGCCAAUUUCGAAAUCGAGUUGGUUGGAAACUAGCCUUUUUGGAGGACCCUCUUCUGGACGGCAUGAUCGCGGCUCGCUAUAUGAAGGGCCAAGCAGCAAAGAUCCGUCAAGCCGUGAUUCAAGAGGCAAAAGCAACAGCAGACCGCCUCGAACAAGAUCAAGAACGGCUGGCGGCGGCUCGACAGUUAGUCGGACCAAAGGGCGGCUUGCCGGCUUUGAAGGGAGAUCUCCUGAGGCUUGCAACCUUGCUCAAGUUGGACGUCCACGACAAGAUGAAAGUGGACGAGCUCAAGGAAUUGAUCCGCCCAAUGAUCGACACCUUGAAGGGAGCUGGUCGACCAGAAAGCCAUCGACCUGCACCUUCGUCUCAGGUGCGCCCAACUCCCAAGUCUCCUCCAAGAUCGGCUCCAGCGGCAACUCCAACCUUGCCCAGUCAACCUGCCGAAGUGGCUUCUAUGAACGGCAUGUUAGCCCAAGACGUGCAUCAGCUGUUGGCCGAGCAAGAGCGUCGUUUUCAAGCCAUGAUCUCGCAAACCUUGCAGCACAUGAUGUCCAUGCAGCAGAAUCCCAUGUCUCAGACGACAGCUGCAGAGGCAGUACGAACCUUCCCCGAGAUCUACCGGAUGACGGAGGAAGAGAUGGACGAGAUCAAUGGCCUGCAUCAGAACGAGCUCAUGCAAGAACGAAUGGAAGUCAUGUACGGCGAAGAACUGGACUUCAUGUCAGCCGAGGAGCUGCGGGCAGCACAGGAAGACUUGGGCGAUGGAUUUCGUUCCCCUGGGGUCGAUGGACUUCGAAACCCCGAGGCUGACCUGCUCUCCCAAGUGAAACUUGAUGCAGAUGAUGUGAAGAAAGGACAAGCCCAGUUGAUAGCUCAAGCAUGGCAGAAACAUCAACGAGAUCAACGCCUUGUUUCCCAUGGGCAUGUCCGCGCUGUGCUGAAGGCGGAAUGGGAGAAGGAGAUGGAGAGAAAUCUCAAUGAGAACUUUGUGACCUCGAUCACUUUGUCUCCGGAACCUCCCGACCCCAAGCAGGGUGUCCUGGUCUCCGAAGUCUUCACAGCGGUGCAACGCAUCAUCAAGGAGGCCAAGAAGAAGGGGCAUUCUGUGGGCUCAGCACUUUCCCUUGAGACAGGCUGGAACUUCUUAAACCGGCUUGAUCAAAAGGCCUGCAAACAAGUCAUAGCCAAGGAAAAACCAUACUUGCUAGUGCUUGCCUUUCCAUGUGGACCUUGGUCGGCUUUGAUGAGACUCAACCCUGCCCAUGACCUGGCUCAGAAGCGAGCUGAGGGCAUUCAAUUGAUUCGCUUUGCCUUGGAGUUGGCGGAGGAACAGCUGAAGCAGGGUAGGCACUUCUUGUUGGAGAAUCCUUUGACAGCUGAGUCAUGGUCUGUUGAUGAACUGCGGCAGUUUCUCCAACGUCUUGAAUGUCAUCAAGCCAUUUUUGAUCAAUGCAGGUUCAAUUUGAGAGGCAGUUCAGGUCUUCUCCACAAGAAGGCAACCAAGAUCGUCACAAGCUCUGAGGCCAUUGCUGAUCGUUUGGAUGGGAAGCGAUGCACUCGUGAUCAUCCUCAUGAACAAGUUCUUGGUGGCAGCAAGAUCACUUCAGCAGCUGGUCACUACACGAAAGAACUGGCCCGCGAAAUCAUCAAGGGCAUUGAGGAGGAGUUUGAAAAGCAGUAUGGUGCUCGCCGGAAACCCAACAAUGUGCUGGCCGUUGAGGGCGGUGACCUUGAAGAUGACCUUGACCGUGAGAUAGAUCCUGCGGUCGAAAUGCGUGACCUUCACAGCAGUGAUGAUGAGAUCCAGAUUCCUGAAGCGCAAGUCAGGAUCUCAGCAAAUGUAGAGGAAGCAGUGCGCAAAUUGCACUGCAAUACGGGUCAUAGAUCCAACAAAAGGUUGGCAAGAGCUCUGGCAAUUGCUGGUGCUCCAAAGGAAGCAAUUUUGGCAGCCAAAACCUUGAAGUGUUCCGUUUGCCAAGAACAUCGAGCUCCUAAAGCUCGUCGUCCAGCAACUCUUCCAACUCCCAAGGACACCGGCGAUCAAGUUCACAUCGACAUCUUCCAAGUUGAAGACAUCACCGAGAACAAGUUCUUUGUGGUCCACGUCAUAGAUGCAGUGAGCCGUUUUCAGAUGGCAGAGCUUCUUCCAGACAAAUCUGCUGACUCUGUGGUUGCUUUCAUGAAGAAACGAUGGAUGCCGAUCUUUGGACCGGCCAGAGUUUUGGUGGCAGAUCAAGGAAAGGAGUUUGUCGCUUGGAAAUUUGAAGAGAUGGCGGCUCAACAUAGCACCUUGCUGUACCACACUGCAGUGCAGGCGCCCUGGCAGAACGGAGUUUGUGAGAAAGGUGGUGGAAUUUUGAAGGCCAUUCUUUUGGCCCUUGUCAAAAGCCAGUCCUUGGUGGGCAAAGAUGACAUGGAGCUUGCUGUGCAAGAGGCAGUCAUGGCCUACAACGGGGACAUGACAGAUGCUGGUGUGACACCCGCUCAGGCGGCAUUGGGCAGACAGCCCAAGAUGGUGGGAGAUGUCCUUGGAGAUUUUGGCCAAAGACUUGCAGAACAUGGUUUGGUCGAGACACGACCCACCAUUGCACGUCAAGUUGCGAUGCGUGAAGUUGCGAAGCUGGCGAUGCUGCGCUUACAUUUUUCUCGUGGCCUGCGCCGUGCUGAAUUGGCAAGGUCCCGAACACCCACGGUUCUUGAAACCCAGCAGUUCCAGCCCGGCGACAUUGUUUACUACUACCGAAUGAGUAAAUUCAACAACAAGACCAGUGCUUCAAAGAAACGUUUGAGUCUCAAGCGUUGGCACGGACCUGGACUCCUGGUGGCAUUGGAAGGUCAUAGCAAUGGUUUCAUUAGCCACAAGGGCCAGUUGGUGAAAGCAGCAAUGGAGCACGUCAGACGUGCAUCAACCAUGGAACAGAUCACUUCGGAUGAAUGGGAGCUUGCAAUCCAGGAUGUGGUUGAAGCUGCCGUGAAUGACCAACGACAACAAAUGCCUUUGGAAGUUGAGCCUCCAGUUGAACAAGUUCCAGCUGUUGCUCCUUCUGAAGGACAACUUCAACAAGCAGACGCUGGUGUUUCCAGUGGAGUUCCCUUGCAGCCAAGAGAGCUUGUGGCUGCAGCUCUCUCUCAAGCACCAGCAGCACCCAGUUCCAAUCGAACAAGUUUGAUUGGCAGUUCAGCAGCAAUUGGAAGUGCCGCUCCUGGCACUCCUGUCGGCCAUUUGUUUUCGACCUCAAGCAGAAGAAGCUCUAGAGUUGAAGCAGCCAUGGAUCGCAUUGCGUCUGAUGAAGCAGCUCCUCCAGAAGUUUCUCGAAAGCGAAAUCCUGAUGUUGACCUCCAAACUCUCUAUGAAUCGACACCUCUUCGAGCUGAAGAGCUUCCUAUUCCUGAAGCUAGUGUGGAACAAACUACCGAGCACGACGCUUUGAACGUGUUCAGGUUGGCCAAUGAUGGACAACAUCCUUUACGGCAGAUUGCUGAGCUUGCAGCAAAAGACCGACUUGAUCCUUUUGAAGCUGUCGCUGAAGACCACGGCAGUUGGGAUGGCAGGUGGCCGUUACCAAGUCGAUCUGAGUGGAUUGCUCAUGGAAAGGCCAAAGCCCUUUGGCCGAAAGGAAACAAUGAAGUUCAAGCAGCGACUGCCCGCAAGGAGUACAAGUGGAAAGAAAUGACCAAUGAGCAGAAGGCCCAGUUUGAGGUUGCAGCUCAAAGUGGAUGGCAAGUUUGGGUGGACAAUGAUGCGGUGGAGCCCUUGACUGAGACGGAAGCGGCAGAAGUGAGAAGCCGGUUGAAAUCCAAGGGUGAGAUGCACAAAAUCUUGCAUCCUCGCUAUGUCUACACGGACAAGCACGAUGGACUUCGAACCCCAUCAAAUCCACUGCCUGUAAAGGCAUCAGCGCGUUUGGUGGUGCCUGGGUAUCAAGAUUUGACUGCCCACAAUGUGAGAAAGGACGCUCCUACGUGCAGCAGGAUCAGUUUUCACCUUUUGCUGAUCUUGACGAGUUCCAAUCUUUGGAAUUUGCUGUCAGCUGACGUCAAGGCGGCUUUCUUGAAGGGCGAGUUGUUUGGUCCAGAAGAACGCGAAUUGUUCAUUGGGCAGAUUCGCUCUAGUUGUCAGGGAGAACCUCAACUUCCCCUUGGACUUGGUCAGCUGGCUCGCCUUCGAAAAGGAAUUUUUGGUUUGUCCGACAGUCCAAGAAGAUGGUACCUUCGACUACACAAGUCGCUGACUGCGCUUGGAUGGGAACGAUCUACGAUCGAUGCAGCAACCUGGUUCCUAUGGUCAUCAGACCGCUCUUCGUUGGAUGGCAUGAUUGUGAGUCAUGUUGAUGACUUGAUGAUGGGCGGGAAUGCCCGUGCGGAGAAGUCCUUGGAAGCGUUGGGUGCUGAGCUUGGAUUUGGCUCACUUGAACGUGGCAGCUUUGUUUACUGCGGUAAACGGGUGACUCAGCAUGCAGACCAUUCAAUCACUUUGGACAUGAAGGAGUACCAUGCGAACUUGCGCCCUGCACCGCUGGCAGCUCACCGCAAGCAGACUCCAGAUGCUCCUUUGACCCUUAGCGAACAGAAGCAGUUGAGAGCUGUUUUAGGUUCUUUGCAAUGGUUAGUGUCCCAAGUUCGAGUUGACCUAGGGUUUAGUCUUUCCACGUUGCAAGGGGAUAAACAAAUAGUUAGUACCCUGAUGAAAGCUAACUCUUUGGUUCGCCAAGCAAAGCAAAACUGUGACUUCGCACUGCGCUACGUCCCUAUGGAUCUGAAGCGUUGCGGCAUACUGGUGGUGAGCGAUUCCUCCUUGGGAAAUGUCACCAAGUCUGGUUCUGCAGAUGGCGAUGUGGUUGAGCGCGUCUUCAGCCAGUCGAGCUACUGCAUCAUGCUGGCGGAUGAGAACUUGAUGAAUGGGCGUCCUGGCAAGUUCAACCUGAUUGAGGCGAGAAGCCAUCGCCUUGGGCGGGUGUGCCGUUCGACCUUUGCGGCCGAGUUGCUAGGAACAGAAGAAGGGCUCGACGCAGGGCAGUACUGCAGAGGAGCCUUUGCCGAACUGAUGGGUUACCCAUUGGAUCGUGAGAUGGCCGAGAAGAGCAUGGAGCAGAUCCCAAUGCAGCUGGUGACUGACGCCAAAGACAACUAUGACAAGUGCAAUUCUGAUACGCCGACCUAUGGCUCACAGAAGAGCCUGGCAUUCACCAUCGCCUGGAUCAGGCACAUGCUCCGAAAGGACAGCACCAAACUCGUUUGGACGGCCACGGACAACAUGUUUGUGGAUGGAGGGACCAAGUUCAUGAAGCUUGACCACAUGGCGCGGAUCCUUCAAUCGAAUGAGUGGUGCGUGACUUUUUCACCUAGUUUUGUGAAACAGCCCGUCAAGAAACAGACCAAAGCUGUGAGACCAUCCGAUGCUUUGCCCGUAGGACAUCCUGUAAAGACUGAGGAUCCUAUUUUUGGACAUUUAAUUGGUCUCAGUGACCAACCUGGAUGGCAUGACAAAGGUAUGUACAAAGUGCAUGUGGCCAGAAAUGCUAAAUCGUACAGAACGCCAGAACCUAGGUUCCAAGCCAGCAAGUUUCCAAUUAGGAGCACCUAUGCAAAGUUCAUUGAUUCCAAUGGACAUGGUGAAUGGAGACAGUUGGAAAGCCAGAAGCCUUAUACAGGAUUGCCGAAUAGACAUGAGGCGAUCGGCGAUGUGGCUUCCAUUUUGGUGACUGCAUACAUGCCAUGGGUUUCAAGUCAACAAGAAAAUUUAUCCGCUGAAGAAUCCAAUGCUUGCCAUUGA